AUGGCCCAUAAACAAGCCCAAAUCUGCAUCUUCCAUCACACGCUUCUCUGUCAUCUUAAGCCAUUUCCCUCAGCGACUUCUCUGCAAAUUCCGACAGGAGAACUGCUCCUUCUCCCUCAGCGAACCUUUAUUUCUGGGCGACUUCUCUGCCAUUUUAGGCCUUCUCCCUCGGCUCCCCUUCUCUCUCCCUUUCGUGCGCAAUCUCCUCCAUUGCUCCGUGGACGGCGAUCUGAGAAAUAUUUAAGGAGUUCAAAGUUUAAAACCCUAAACCUAAAAGAUCUUUGGGUCCGAAUUCUUAUCACUCAAAAAGUCAAGAAGAAUGAAAACUUUGUGGCAUUGGGUUUGAUUGGGUCUGUUUGGGUCAUUGAUUUAAUAAUUAAGGUGCUUUUAGCAUUUGCGAAGAAAUCAUUGGCCCUAUUUCCAGCUAAGUUUCAAAAGAGCAUGUGGAUAAAGCAAGGUAGUUUUGUUGUGGUUGAUGACAAUGGGAAGGUGAAGGCUCUUGAAUCCGGCAGCAAGGUGACAUGCAUUGUUUCUAAAGUUCUCUUCUAUGAACAAGUGUGUGCUGUUCAGAAGUCACCGAAAUGGGCAGAAGUCUUCAAAGAAACAGUUUUGGAUGAUUCUAAUGGAAGUCGAGAGGGAGAGACUUCGCAACAAGAAGAUAAUGAUCUUGAAUCGAGUUGUGAUGAGGACGAUGUACUACCUCCACUUGAAGCCAAUACAAACAGAAAUAGACCGUUUGAAUUGCACCAGGAAUCUGAUUCAGGUUCAGAAUCCGAUUCUUGACAAUUGCCUUGGUGUGCUUGAAUUAGAAUUAGUGAGAAGACAACAAUUUUAAUGUGUAUCUUUGAUUUCAGUGUUAAAAUUCUAAAACAGUAAUAUAAUCUCAAAAAUUUUAAUCAGAAAACAUGCU